CACGCAUGUGCGCAGGCGUUUUCGCUUUUUACACCUGGAGUCAUCUCAAACAGAUAGAUACUAUCAAGGUAAUUAUCAAUCAUCUAUCAUCUAUCAUCUAUCCAACACAUUCCAGUGCAUGUAUCUUUCAUGUAAACCGCCUUUGAGUCUUGUCAAUCUUACUCAUACGCAAGGCAGGGUUUGACUGUUGACUACAUAUAGCUUGGCAUAUAUUAGUUUGCCUGCUUGACCUGAUCAUCCCGUACUUAAACUGGGAGCUUCCUACCCUUCCCUCCGUUUGUUGCAUGUGAGCGGCAAAUCCAACCACAUAAGACUUGAUCUCUACAGCACGAACAAUAUACGACGACACAGACAACCUACGUAGUGUGUUCACUGUACGAAGACAAGAUGUCUCACAACGCUGGAAACAGUGGCAAGGAGUUUCCUGACCCUGGCCUUGUGAUAACCACCAAAGUAUCGGAUCCAUGGUCAGUCGAGAAGGUCCUCGCAACGAUCCAUCCUGAAGCUCCAGCUGAGGGAUCGAAUUCGCCAAUUCCUUUCUUUCACCUCAUCGAGCGAUUGAAGACGGGAAAGCGAGAAGGAUGGCGCCGCUUUGGCAUCAAUAGAGGCGAAUCAAUAGCCGACCAUAUGUACCGGAUGUCCCUGAUGACCUUCCUAUGCCCUCCUUCGCUUGCACCUAAACUCGACCUCAACAAAUGCAUGAAAAUGUGUCUUAUUCACGACAUGGCCGAGUCGAUUGUAGGAGACAUCACACCAGUAGAUGGCAUCCCGAAACCGGAGAAGAGUCGUCGCGAGGCGGAGACAAUGGACUACAUUUCCAACCGUCUACUCGGUAAAGUUUAUGGAGGUCUAGCAGGACAGGAGAUCCGAGCAAUCUGGCAGGAGUACGAAGAUUCGAAGACGAUAGACAGCCACUUUGUGCACGACAUAGAUAAGAUGGAACUUAUACUGCAGAUGGUUGAGUACGAGAAGCGAGUUGAUAAGUGUCUGGACCUCGGCGAGUUCGCUUAUGUGGCGACUAAAGUGGUAUUACCAGAGACGAAAGAGUGGGCGCAGGAGAUUCUCAGAGAGCGAGAUGAGUUCUGGGGCCUGAAAUCGCAUAUUCAUGGAGAGGCUGGGACGAAUGGCGGUGUGAAGGAGACUACGGUGAAGGGCCAAGCUGCGUAUUACACCAAAGAGGGAGAGGGGAAGGAGAAUUGAUACUGCACGCUAUACGAAUGCACACCGCAUUUGCACAUCAAGCUCGAUAUAGCCUCGGCCGCUAUUUCCUUCGCAUCCGCCAUACGAUUUUCAUCUUGUCAAGCAGAUAGACUGAGACGACGGAUGGGAAAAGGUCAACAUCAUAAAGGGAUACAGCAUGUUUAUUAUGCAUGGCCGUGAAUGGUCAUUGCAAUGAUUGUGAUUAGAUGCGUUUGACUUGAGAAGGAGAUAACUAUUUUAGAGAAAGAAAAUCAAGACAAUAAGAUAGAGAAUAAACAAGUCAAAGACUCGGGUUUUAUUUGAA